CAGGCUAUGUUUGAACUGGUCACUUCAGAAGCCUCGUACUACAAAAGUCUGAAUUUAUUGAUAGAUCAUUUCAUGGAAAAUGAGCGAUUGAAAAAGAUUUUGCAUCCUUCAGAGGCUCACAUCCUCUUCUCGAAUGUCCUGGAUGUCAUGGCAGUCAGUGAGCGAUUCCUCUUAGAUCUUGAGAAGCGGGUAGAAGAGAACAUUAUAAUCUCUGAUGUCUGCGACAUUGUCUAUCAGCAUACUAUUAGCCACUUCUCAGUAUAUGUAACUUAUGUGUCCAACCAGACCUACCAGGAAAGAGCUUACAAGCAACUUCUCCAAGACAAGCCAGCUUUCCGGGAGGUGAUCUCACAGUUGGAACUGGAUCCAAAAUGCAAAGGCCUGCCUUUCUCAUCUUUCUUGAUUUUGCCUUUUCAAAGAAUUACUAGGCUGAAGCUGCUGGUGCAGAAUAUCUUGAAGAAAAUGGAAGAAAAAUCUGAACGUGAAAUCACUGCCCUCGAGGCUCACAAGGAACUGGAAAUAGUGGUGAAAGCAUGUAAUGAAGGUGUUAGAAAGAUGAGCCGCACAGAACAGAUGAUCAGCAUCCAGAAGAAAUUAGAAUUUAAGAUCAAGUCUGUGCCCAUCAUCUCUCAUUCCCGCUGGCUGCUAAAGCAGGGAGAACUCCAACAGAUGAAUGGCCCUAAAACAUCUCGUACAUUACGUACAAAGAAACUCUUUAGAGAAAUCUACUUGUUCCUUUUCAACGAUUUAUUAGUAUUAUGCAGACAAAUUGCUGGUGACAAGUACCAAGUAUUUGAUUCUGCUCCUCGAGGGCUUCUUCGAGUGGAAGAGUUGGAGGACCAAGGACAGAGCUUGGCCAAUGUAUUUAUUCUGAGGCUGUUAGAAAAUGCAGAUGACCGUGAAGUGAGCUAUAUGUUGAAGGCGUUAUCCCAAAGUGAAAUGAAACGCUGGAUGAUUUUGCUGGCUCCAAAUCGACGAACCAAGUUUGUUUCCUUCACAUCCAGGCUUAUGGAUUGCCCUCAAGUACAAUGUGUCCAUCCUUACGUAGCCCAGCAGCCAGACGAACUUUCGCUGGAACUGGCUGAUGUCCUGAACAUUCUGGAAAAGACAGAUGAUGGCUGGAUAUUUGGGGAGCGUCUGCAUGAUCAAGAAAGAGGUUGGUUCCCCAGUUCUAUGGGUGAAGAGAUUAUGAAUCCCAAGAUUCGAUCUCAGAAUUUAAAGGAAUGUUUCCGAGUGCACAAAUCCGACGACAGUCAGCGGAGGAAGAUGAGCAGCAGGAAUAGACAAUGAUCGUUGCUUAGUCAUCUGUUCUUCAGAAGCAAUUUAUGGCAGGAACUGAGACAAUGAAAUAUAGUGAUUGAGAGAAUGCAUAUGAAUCAUUUGGCAAGUGAAUCCUUUCACCUAUGAACUAUUGGGCUUCCUUGCAUUCUCAUUACAAGCUGGAUAUUAUUUCUGAAGACAGACAGAAAAGAAGUGAGGCUGUCAUGGGCCUGUACAGAUGUAGAAACUGUAAAUGUCUUUCCAAAUGUACUGCAAACUCUGAAGAUUGUAAAUUUGUUAACUCUGCAUGGUGAGGAAACUGAUCACUUGAGCGACUGGGAAAACUAUGUCAAGGUCUAUAAAUCUAGCAACUUGGUCCUUUAGCAUUCCAUCCAAUGGCACAAAAAUGUGCAGCAUUUGAUUUUCUUAUGGAAAGAUAAUGAAGUUGUGGACACUACAACUUUGAAAGCCUACGUUAUAAACUGUCAGCUUCCAUGUUUCUAUACUCAGAAAGUUUUUCCUAGGAAUUGAGUUUGAACUGCUCAUGUGAUAAACCAGUUUCUUCUUGGUUUUGGAGAGAGAGAGAAAGAGAGAGAGAGGUAACAAAGUGAUUAGAAAGUACAAUGUUAUGUAGUUAAAAUGCACCACAGUAUUUAUUUAUUUGGGUCCCUGGGUUAUGAAUUUCCAAUUUCUAGAAUGUAAUACUGAAGUAUACAAGCUAUAUUUUCUAAAAUAAGAGUCAGUUGGUCGCAGAGGCACAAAUGGGAACUCAGGUUACCAUCCCUCUAUUUUAUUGACCUUUGUAGCCUACACUUUUCAAAAUGAUGUAUGCCAAACCACAUUAACUGACUCUCAAUAUCAGCCCUGCAUAUUCUAUUUCAUAAGAACCAUUACUCCCUGUGUAAAGCAAUCACCAACUACACUUACUUAUCCAAAUAUAAUUAUCUGAUAUACCCACCAAUGGCAACCACAGAUAGUGUAGCUAUGUUGAGAGUCGGUGCCAGAAUGGAAAGUGUAUUUAGGGUUUUGUCCUAAGCAAAUGCUGCACUAAACUGUAUAGGAGAAUACAAUAUUUGAGACAAUAUCCCAUGAAGAGAUUUCUCUGAGAAAUCUUGCACUCACUUAAGCAUUUGCAUAUGUUGAAAAAGAAGUAAAAGAAGAGCAGGGAAGAAUAUGUUUUCGCAGCUAAAUAAGCUACUCAACAUUCCACAAGGGUGCAACAUCUGAGAAGCUUAGGUAACUCAUUCAUAGUCCGAACAACCAAGUUCUAUAUCUUGCUCCUUUGUUCUGCUGUUAUAUACAGAUAACAGACAAUGCCCAUACAAAGAAAUUCAGUGGAAGGAGGCUUGAGACAAAAGAUGAACAUUUGUAUUAAAUAUCUCCAAAGUUGCAUCAAACUAAUAGGAAUGUAUUUGCACAUUUGUUGUGCACUCUUAGAAAAGUGCAUGAAGUCUGUACUUCAAGGAAAGCCUUGAGCCAGAAGAACAAGAAAUGUCUCCUCAUUUAAUACAGAGCUAUAACCAGCAUCAAGAUCCUUCUAACUUUGGAAAAGCCACAUGGUCAGCUAUUGUCCCAAGCCUAAUAGAUUAAAAGACUGUAAAGCGCUUUGCAUAUUAAAAGUGUGAUAGAAGCAAUCAUCAAAAAAUAUUUAUUUACAUACUCCAAAAAUAGUUAAUAAAUGCCCUUUCUACAAGGCACAAAUAUAACCAACGUCUUAAUUUGCCCAGAGUUGAGAGGCUUUUGAAGAGAUGAAGCUGCUGAGAGAGGCCAUUGGUCCAACUGAUUCUGUACUAUCUAUUCUUAUCAGUAAUACCAAACCCCAGAAAUAAGAGUUUUCAGCUUGAAAGGACAGCAAAUGAAUCUCUCAUUUUUGGAAGCAUGUGAAAACUUUUAAUUUGUAAUCAUUAGAUUAGAAAAAACCCUCACCCACCCAUAGUUCUAGGGCUACCAGAUUUGACUAGCAGAAUUCUGGAUGGCAACUAGAUGGCCAUAAUGAAUUUUCACAUUGCUUUAUCUUAGGUAGAAAACAGGUGUGUAAUUCCCUCGCCCUUGUUCCAAAUGAACAAAGGAAGAGGGGAAGAAAUGACAGAAAAACGUAAGACAUUCCUGGCCAAUUCAACCUAGCAUAGUUGUCACUAAUAUUAUUCAAACCUGAUCCUAGUGCUUCAUUGCUAUCAAAAACUCAGCUUUCCAAAUUGCAUUAAGGUAAUUUUUUCCUGAUGAGCUAUACUGAUACAUGUCUAAAAUCACACAAGUGGCUGAGUUUUGGAGGGGAAACAGCCAUUUCUUCAUGGAUGAGCCCUCAUCUAUUCUCCUGUCUCACAAUGUUACUCUAAUACCGAUCAUGUUUUGCUUAUGCCAUUGCUGUGCCUUUUAAACAGUUUACUUGCAAAAUAAUAAAAAGUAAAUAAGAUUGUAUAAAAACAUGAAAGUAUCACCCAAAAAUUGUAGACAAUGUAUAAGUCAGUUCCUAUAAUAAGUUGGGCAAAUAUAUGGAAGGAUAAUCUGGAAUGAUGUAAGCAGUGGAGGAAAGCCAUCUUUCACAGGAUCUCUUGUUAUAUAUAUUAAUAAAUAUGUGAUAUAUUAAUAUCUGUGAUAUAUUAAUAUUUUAGAGAAGGAAUGAGGAACCUAUGAUCCUCUGGAUGUUCAGCUAUAAAUCCCAGAAUCCAUGACCAUUCAUCAGGCUGACUGGAACUGAUGAAAAUUAGAAGCCCAACAAUCGCAAUCCAAGUCAACAUACUUUCAGAAUAAUUUAAGAUUGAAUACUCUGACAAGCUAUUCCAAUGUCUAAGAAAACAUAAAUAAGUUCUGGCAGAGCAGCUCUUCAUAAAUUGAAAAAAGUGCUAACUUUAGGUUGGAUGAUGUGAUGUAUUAGGAGGUGAUCAGCCAAAUCUCUCACUGGAAAGUAAAUAUGUAACAGAGUACUGUGCAAAAGCUUAACCUGAGUGGCUGCAUGGUUCAUGGGGUGGCCGGUGUGGCUCUAACUUUACAAGCCAGCUACCAGGUACCACUUGACACAUAAGCCUGUCACAAUAUGCUACUCCACAACAAGCCCCCAAACCAAGUUGAUCACUUGGGAGAUGUUAAUAGAGUUUCACACUGAUGUUUAAAGUCAGAGUAGUUACACCACUCUCAUACAUUAUUGGUCAAAUAAAUAGAAGUGCAUGUUCAUAAGGGCAUGCAGUAAAUAUUGUUGCUUUACACAAAAGGAAAAGUUUGUAUAGUUUUUUUUUAACCUUAAAUGUUCCCUAUCUCUCCCCAAAAUUAUAUCCAAAUAUUUUGUAUAUACUAUGUUAACAAAGCUGAUUGGGCUGCUUAAAAAAAAAAA